AAUAGCUUCGUCAUUUACCCGUAGUGCCAACUCGGCGGUCGAUGCCAUGAUGCUAGUGAUGAGCAAGGCAUAAAUGAUGACAAGCUUAUUAAUGACACCGUGAAAAGUGACACGGAUGGGACAAGCCUUUGCUCCUGGCCAUGUCAGAUCUCACAUGGGAGAGCUAUAAGGUAGCGUUUCAGCAGCCUCCAUUGAGGGAGAUUUCCGCAAACGUACAGUCCCUCGCACAUAUUGUUUCACUCUAAAGUACUUACCAUUGGCACUCCCCCGACCUUUUACGACCGACCUUUGCAAUGUCUCGUGCUUCUAUCAAGGCGUCGUCCUUGUACAGCGAGGCAAAGAUGACCGACACCACUCGAGUCAAGUUCGACGUGCCCAUUGGCACCUGGGGACAGACACAGAUCGAAGUAGAAUAUCCCUGGCAUAGAGACCUGGACUCGAUCAUCCUCCCGUUGCUAGAAAAAGCCCACGAGCAACAAGCUGAACGACAGCGAAAACAUCGCGCAGAGGCACAACCGGACCGCAAGUCAUCGAGGAGAACCAAAAACACAACGAUUGCCGAACGCACCGAUCGAGCAGACCGAGCGGAGCAGCAGCAGCAGCAGCAGACGACGUUGCCGAUGAGACCCAACGAAGAUAUCAAAUUAUUUCUCAAGGGGUUCGAAUCUGCGGGAGAUUUCACCACGAAGCGAGGCGAUACAAUCCAGCGGGUCCUCGAAAACUACGCCCAGCAAGCCGAGAAAGACGUCGAAAGGCUCGAGCUCUUCCACAAGGGCAAACACGUCAGCCGAAGCAUGACACCAGAUACUCUAGGGCUCGAAGACGGCGCCAAACUGCAAGUCUACGAGCUCAUUAGAUAAUUCCGGUUCGACAUCGACAUCCACCAUCCAAGCGCGACGAGCAAAUCGAAGAAGAAAAAAGACUUCUCGCAAUAGACAAAAGAGUCCAGAGAACACCACGGCCCCCCAGGAAGAAGAAGAAGAAGAAACCCAAGAAGAGGAAGAAGAACAACAACAAGACGCCGACAACGGCAACAACGACGAUCCCCCUAAUAGUAUCGAACGAGGCUCCAUCCUCGUAGCAAACGACAUCAUAACCAUCAACACGACCUCUCCCGGCGGAAGAACCCACACUCACACCAACACCAACACCAACAAUCCCGAAGAAUCAUCAGCAAAC